UUGCUAGUGCUUCGUGCGCGUGAGCCGACGACGACAACGAUAACGACGAUCAUUCAAACAGAGCAAGACAAGUGCAGGUCUCGAGGAUGUACCGUGACGCCGGUAACAACCUCAUCGACGAGGACGAGGAACCGCCUCAAGGUCGCCGCCGCUGCUAGUACUGACCCUAGUGCGCCGGCGACCACCUAACAGUCAUGGCAAUCUCGAACUGGAUGGUUUGGAAUCGCAGCCUUCGCUCGGGAAGGACACACCGAAGUAGACACGCUCGCGAGGAAAACUGCGUGGAGCUUAACUUGUCAAAAGGUCUCAAAGAAAACAUCACAGAGACAUUGAUAAAUGUAUGUCAACCAAAUGGUGUAUCAGGCAAGAAAAAAUUGGCUUAUUUGAAUGCUCUUGUGAAUCUUGUCAUUGAAAAUGAUGCUCUUGAAUAUGGAUACAGUGCAGAGGAAAUAUUUUGUUGUCUACGAAUGGGGCUGGUUCAAGAAGCGACACAAGUCAGAGCAGCAGCCCUCCGUGCUAUUCGAUACAUGCUUAAAAAGGAGCAGGAUGUUAUUACCAUCAACAGAUUGCAGUAUCCUUACUUCAUCGCUCGCAGUAUGGACAUCAAUGUACGCAAUGAAGUGGAAAGGAUACAAGCUCUAAGACUUGUUAGAAAAAUUUUAGUAUUAGCUCCAAAGUACUUCAGUCCUGCAUUAGCUCGAUCCAUUAUUAGCAUCACUAAUGGAGGUAUGGAAGAAAAAGAUCGAGCGUUUCGUGUGUUUCUGGCUGUGCUAUGUGAACUAGGCGUGCUGAACUCGAGCCUACUCGUAAGUUGUGGUGGUGUAGGUGCCUUAGCUCGAGCCACGACUACCGGUCAAAGUCCCAUCAUCACCGAAGCGAUUGUGGGCGUUUUAUUACGAUUGCUGUCGAAUCCGGAAACACGAAGUAACGUAUCAUUGCUGUGCCUCGCCGCGCCUUACACCGAGCUCGAGUCAAUAGGCUUCGAGCGAUCCAAGGAAGACUGGGAUCAGAAAUUUGCUGCUAGCAAGCAUGCACUCAUCAGCGUGCUCAGGUCUUAUGCUGGGGUUAUACAUUUUUGCCACCCCAACGAGAGUUCUGGUAUCAAAGCUAUGUCAGAUAUUUUGUAUGUCGAGAAAUUAGGGCUAAGAGGAGCUAUUUUAGAACUUUUUUACGAACUACUCGGACUGCCUUUGCCAACGUGGACUGAUGAGCCUGACGUGGCUCUUGCGGCGGUCGAUCCGAAACGUUUCCGAAAUUCCUGGAAGUUAUCGGAAGGAUUCGUUGCUGCCGAGGGCAGGACUAUUUUGCCUUCCUUAAAAUCUCAUUGUCCCAAUAUUAUGGAAUUACAUUUGGCUUUAUUGGUAUACAUUUUACUUGAGUGCGGACUGCAUAGAGCUCUGGCGGAGACUAUCAUCACGUCGGAUACUUUUAUUUCCGUAAGAGCUGCGGUGCUUCUCGGUGCAUUAUUGCAUUUAGCACAUGCUCUACUUCCUUCCGAGGUUUGCGAUCAAACUCCACCGCUGCCCAAACUAUUAGAGCUUGCAAGUGCUGGUCAGCACCAAGCACUUGCGGCAGUAGCUAUACUUAGUCGGAUGCAUGCGAUGAUGUGUCGUCGACCAACACCAUCUAGUUUAUUCAUGGAUCGACUAUUACAAUCAGGAGCUUGGCUAAGACCAACCUCAUCGCAAGGUCUUAGACGGCAACCCUCGUUCCGACAGUGGUUGAAAAGAGAAUCACCCCUAUCGCAAUUAAUUAAAGACUCGUUAGUGCUCAGUUCCAAAGAUGCUCUUGCCUGGAAUUGGUCAGUUAUUAGAUCCGUACUCAGGACAAGAAAUGUCGAUAUGAGAUUAUCUACAGAUACUGAGUAUCGUUCAUUUAUCAAAAGGCUCAUCAAAUAUUAUAAACCAUCUUCGAAUCAAUUCAGUCGUAUGGAACUAGCAACCCACUCUCGAAUGGCUCGAGAUACGACAUUAGCUGGUUGUGAUCUAAUUAAUUUUUUACUUGAGAUUGAAGAAGCCGAGGGCACAAAGUUUUUGAACGAGUUAUUUAGUGAUGUAGCCGAACAAAUAAUCGCAAUCCGCAUCGCAUCGUCUGCUCACGAUGUACUAUUCUCGCCUCGGCACGUAUCGACCACCUGCUGUCAGAAGUAUUUUCUAUUCAUCGGCCAGUUAAGUCACUCGAUGCGCGGUGGCGUUAUACUUCGUGGAUUUAAUUUACUCGAAAAGUUCCAAGAUCUUGCCGUCACUACUAAGCACGAUUGCUACGUCAAACUUGUUAUCUCGAGUCUGGAUUACUCGAGAGAAGGUCCAAACCGUAGGGUGGUCACGAAAAUCGUGCAAGACGCGCAACUUGAGAGUACGAGAAUGUAUGCUACGCAAUUCUUGAGAGUCGUAUUGAGAGCGAAAAUGGCUGAUGCUCGAUUUUGGGCGCUUGGGUUACUCUUAAAUAGAUUGUGCGAUAAGAGCAAAAUUGUCGCGAUGGCCGCGCUUGACGCGCUUCAUGAAGCCUGUGAAGAGCCGGAAUAUCUUGAAAUCAUUCUUCAAAAGUCCGAGGAAAAGAUCAUUCAGAAUUGGGAGCAGUGGUUACAGAAUCUCGGCGAUAAUGGUCAUUUGCUGAAAAUUCGUCUAUACUCGAUACGUUCUGCCUUUACAUCUCUACCGUCACCAGCGGAAGAACUGGAAAAGUGGAUAAAACCAGGAGGGUUAGCAGAACGAUAUACAGGUCUCGUGGAAUGCGACAUCCACGAUUCGAUGACUCGACGACAACGUGGUGAGAAUGGCUGCUAUUUACGCCGUAGCAACGGAAAUCCUAUUCUUCCUAAAGAUGUGUUUGUGCCUCCACACUUCAUUGGCCAAGUAGUACAGCAUGAGUUUGGUAUACAGUUGUUACUCAGGAGGAACGUAUUUCAAAGAUUUGCCCGAAUAGUGCAACGAUUUAGAUUGGAGUAUUGCAGUAACUCGGGGCAGAAUAAAGACGGUAGAAGUUCGAAGGAAGAAAACAGGAACGAUGACAAAAAGAAUGAAGAGAGUACAAGACUGGAGACUAUCGUGGAUGCUGAGGUUACGGAUCGAUCGGAAAUUCGUACGCCUCCUAAGACUGAGACCAUCGUCGAGAUCAGAAGAAAGCUUAGUCAGGACGACUCGAGGAGGACCACGCCGGAAAGAAGCUGGAGAGGGGAACUUGACUCACGUGAUGAACAUGCAUCCGAUUUAGAAGCCCGAAUAUUUAAAGUGAAAUCAGCCUUAUGGGCUCUGGGUCACGCAGGAACGUCGUCUCUUGGAGUUGAGCAGCUGUGUAAUUACGGUAUCAUUGAGAUGAUAACAUCCAUGGCUGAAACUUGUCCAUAUUAUUCAGUCCGCGCCACGGCAAUGUACGCUUUGAGUUUGAUUAGUACAACCCGGACAGGAGCCGACGUUCUGAUAACGCACAACUGGGCAUGUGUGCGUUACAAACGAGGUGAGCAUUGGCCGGUGAUCGAACCCUUAAGGAUGAGUGUAUCUCAGCAGUCGCCAAGUCCUGUUCUCAUACAGCGACAUCACAGAAGUCUCAGUGAUGGCAAACCCGACUUUCCCGAAGCUUUAGUCAAAAGGCAAAGAAAUAGAUCGGAAAGUGCCGCAACGGAGAUGGAUGCCAAACGAUUUAUACUGCCAGAAAGGGGUGAAACACCAAGUCCCAUGUCUAGUAUUCAUAGGCUAAGUCAACAGGAUGCUGAAGGGUACGCUAAACUGAGAAGUCUUCAGCGAUAUCGCAGACCGAGUUUUUCGCAUAGCAGUCUUGAAAUGUACAGUUUAGAUGGACGGCUAUCUCUCCAAAGUCUAUCAGAGUUCGAAUCCUCGCGGAGUUGGAUCGGGGAAGCAGGUCUGGUACCAACUCCUCCGCCAGCGCGAGGGACAUCAUCGACGUCAUCGCAAGACAUCACAGAUUCUAAUGCGCGUUACAUGGGUAUCAGUUUACCAAAGAAACUUAGUGCGAUAUUUCCUGAGACUACGCCGUCAAGCGCACUUUUGGACAAAGUAAAUAAGUCGAGAUCGAGUUGUGAGUCAAGAAGAUAUCAGAAUGCAAGUAUCAGCGAAUCAUCAGUUUUACAAGAUGACAUUAGAUCAAUAAGGUUUCUACGAGCCGAGAGACAAACACAUCAGAGUCAGAAUGAAAGCGAUUCCGAAUGUCUUUCACCAAUCCCUACGAUAGUUCUGGAAGAUCGUGUAAAAUCGAGUGCUGGCAUGGGAUCGAACAGUAAAUUAAGUAUUAAUGAGAGCGACUCAGAGUGUGCUGGACCAUCUGGCAUAAACCGUCUAGUAUUGCCAGAAGAUAGGCCAAAGCAGAGAACAAUAUCGACAUCAAGGCAAUACGCAAGUGAUAUCGAUGAAGAAUCGAGUUCUGAAUACGAGACGUCAAAUGAUCAUACUCGGCUGUGUCUUAUUUGUUUCCGCGAGAAAAGUGUUUCCAAUGAUUCGGUUGCGAGCGACGUCGAUUUUCGUCGUUCUAUCGAUAAAACUCGAAGGGAAGUCUUGAGGUAUGCACAGCGUUUAGCGAAUCCAGUUUUAUACAAGCAAAGUCGACAGACAUUACUUAGAUUAAGACAACAAUAUCCUCAUAUUUUUCAGGAUGUAUGUAUAUAUUCUGAGAUAGCCGCACGUUUAGCGAAUAAUACCUACAGAAUUCAAGCAAGACGAUUUUUGCAAGAAUUAUUCUUAGAUUCUCCUUUUGAAGCACUUCUGGAGGAACCGAAAGCAAUUCUUAAAAUGACUGUGAAAGCACCUACGGAUAAGUCCGAGGACACAGAAUCAUCAUAUGUUCCUAUACUACAGGCAGCGGUUGUCAUUAGCCCGUCGCACAAGUCGUCAAAGGCACCGGAGACUAAAGUGAACGGAAGACUGGCGGUGGCUUCGGAUCAGCAACCCGAUCAAUUAUCAAUAGUCAAUGAGGAGAACGCGAUGACGAUCAUAACAACCGAGCCGACGAUUGUCAAUUUGCAAAAGUCGAGUGGCGGUGGUGGCGUCGGCGAUGGCAGUAGUGAAAGUACCAUUCGCUCGUUGAUAUCAGAGCCGCGGUGUAGCGACGAGAAAAUCAUUGCCGAAAUUCUCAGACCCGAGGAACGGACACAAGCGUCAAAGACCUCCGAGAGAAUAUUAAAAGCGACGAGCAUCAACACUGCCAUUAGCCUUGACUAGUUACUUCUUUUGAAUUUUUAACAAUUGUGUAAAUAUUUUAUAAAUAUUCGCAGAGUAGGGACAAUGUAAUUGUAAAAUAAAUUGAAAAAAAAUCACUGCCGUAAUAUUGUUUUUCUAUGUAUAAUCGGUCUGCCAGCAUCAAUUUGAUUUUUCUCUUCCGUCUUUUUUCUCUUUUUUUUGUUAUUGAAAUUAUUGCACUAGCUAGGUAUUUGUACAUAUAUUGGCAUUAAUGAAUUAAAUAAUUGAAAAUAUAGUAUUUAAAAUAAAAAUCUAUUUAUAAUUUACAUUUUAUCGUUUUAUUUUGUUUGUACUUUUUAUUUCUUGUUUUU